AUGUCUCAACCGCCUGCUGGUCCACGAGGAAUCACCCCUCAAGCCCAACAACUACCGCCACAAUAUGACUAUUCGAGUGUACCAAUAAACGAACUCGAGGCCACCCGUAUCAAGCUCCUCAGCUUGACGCGAUCAUUACACAAACUCCAGCACGAAAUCGCCCAAGGAGCAACACUACCACGCUGGGAAUCGUUACAUAGUCAAUAUAACGUGGUGAUCACCCAAUUAAGCGCGAUAUCGGCAGAAAUAUUCCAAAACUACGAUACGUUGGCCAGUCGAAACGUGUAUCCGUUAAACAACUUCCCGGUGACCCAGCAAGAAGGGCUAUUGACGACAUUACUCCGGAAAAAACCGUCUCCGGAAGUUACUGCGUGGAUCGAGAACGCCGAGGAAUUCAUCACGAAAUUAGGAGUCGACGUGACAAAACAUAAUGAUGAUGAUGAAGAUAAGGAAGAUUUCAUCGAGUCGUGUUUGGAGAUCAUGGAAAAGGAAAAGGAAAACCAUAAUUUUUUCAGUGUGUUCACUCAACAGGAAAUCGAUAAUGGGUUAAACCAACAGCCCCACCCUUACAAGAUCAACAACAAAGUUGAUGAAGAUGUCCCAACAAUGGGAAUGGAUGUCAAUCAAGCAUUAAAUUUCAUUUACACUGGUAAAUUAUAA